AUGGUCUACAGCUCGUGCCCCGCCCGAUUCGUGAGCCAGGUGCUCCAGGCCGAGCUGCGGGAUUGGUGCCUGAGGCCCGGCGCCGAGAUCCGAAACACCGAGGCCCAAAGCAAGAUCAAGCCACCCAUCAACUGCUUCCACACGCCCAUCCCCGACCCCAUCGACAUCUGGGAUUUUACGGAGAGGCCCAUGCGCAACCCGUUGAUGUGGACGCUGGCCGGGUUCGGCGCUUACAUGGCGGCGGCGCUGUGUCUGGCGCUGGCCGCCGUGGCCGUCUUCCUCCACAUGGAGCGCAAGCGACGGAAGCAGAAGCGCCUCACGACCGCCCUUCAGCAGCUCGGCCUCGCGCUCGACUGA